AUGACAAUUCCUCAUUCCAGAGGGAAAUGGGAAUGUGUCCUGGUAGAUGAUAUCGUGAGAUCUGCACCGUAUAUGCUGUGCUUUAGCCUGGAGGAGAUAUCCCUAGUGCCAAUUGGCGAGGACCCCUGGAACUAUCAGGAAUAUGGGCUGCACGGCGCGAAUGGAUACAAUGGGGGAAAGUUGAAGAAUGGACUGGAGCAGAAAUCGGAGAAGCUGGGAUAG